UGGAAACGGCUUCUUACUCUCUCUCUCCAAAGCAAUUUCCCAACCUUCCUUCGCCUCUCCGCUUCAGUUCUCUCUCUCUCUCUCUCUCUCUAAAACCCCUCUCUCUCUCUCUCUCUCUGGAAGCAGCCAUUGAAGCUCUGCUUAGGAGCUCCUCGAAUAGCCAUUUGAACGCCUCUUCGAUUACCGAUCUCAGGUAACUAAGACGAACAAAUUCUGUAGCAUUUAAGAUGGCCAUGGAGCAGUUCCUUGAACAGUCUGUAGCAAGAAAUGACUUCAAUGAAGGAGAUGGAUCUUUCCCAUACAAGAGGAAAUCCGUCUCAGCCACACUUGAUGAUGCACCUGAAAAUAAUCCUUCUGAUGGUUUUGAGUGCAAUAUUUGCCUAGACUUUGUGCAGGAUCCGGUGGUCACGCUUUGCGGUCACCUCUACUGCUGGCCCUGUAUUUACAAAUGGAUCCGUUUCCAGAGUGUCUCUGCCGAAAAUCCAGACCACCAACAGCCACAAUGUCCAGUUUGCAAAACUGAAGUUUCACAAAGAACCUUAGUCCCACUUUAUGGCCGAGGACAAACUGCAAAAUCCCAUGAAGGCAAAGCCACACAUCUUGGCAUAGUUGUACCCCGAAGACCUAGCCUGGCUUGCAGUCUCCAAACACCGACAAUUUCAACUGCGACCAAUUCUCAGUCGGUUCAGCAACUUCAUCGCAGCUAUCCUCAGCACUCAGAGCCAUAUGGACCUCACCCUGGCAGCUAUGCUGCCAUGCCUACGCAUAGCCUUGGUGGCAGAAUGGCGACAGGCACAUUUCACCCCAUGAUUGGCUUGUUUGGCGAAAUGGUAUAUGCAAGGAUGUUUGGGAAUUCAGAAACUGCUUUGUAUCCUUAUUCCAACUCUUAUCACCUUGCCGGAAGCAGUAGUCCAAGGGUAAGAAGGCAAAUGAUGCAGACUGACCAGUCACUCGGCAGAAUUUGUUUUUUCCUCUGCUGUUGCAUGGUUUUGUGCCUUCUUCUGUUCUAAUUUCCGUUUUAGUUCUUCCUGCCCUUUGUACAGAUUGUAAAAAUUAUAUAUACAAGAGAUUAGGGAAAAAAAAAAAAAAAAAAGGAAGUUAUGCAUAUGGAGGAUAAAGCUAAAUGUAAUAGUUGACAGGCUCCUGAAUCUCUUUGCUGAGAUAUGGGAGUCAAUUGAGCCCUGUAAUCAAAAUUUUGAUUUUUGAAUACAUUGAGGCUACCUCAGUUACUUGUUCUAUAAA